ACUUACUGAGAUGUGCUCAGUUUGAUCGUCUGACAGGAGAGCAAGAGGAAUCAUGCUCUACUCAGACCUCGCACUGAAGAUGACGAUGAAGAUGAUGCUGAUGUGGAUUACAGCGAUGCUUUUUAAUAAAACCGACUCCGCAGAGAUACAAUACAUCUCUCAGCCGAAUCCACUGCUCGCUGCUGAUGUUGGUGAUAACGUGACUCUGCACUGCUUUAGAUCAGGAGGAGAAAACACCGGAGUUAUCUACUGGUACAAGCAAAAAGUCGGACACGAGCCUCGUGUGAUGAUCACGGUUCAACACGAACCCAAUUACGAAGAUGAGUUCCAGCCUCCAAAAUUCAGCAUCGAGAGAGAAGAAACGAGCGUUCAUUUAAAAAUCGCUAACGUGGGACCGUCGGACGAAGCCGUGUAUUACUGCGGAUGCAGAAAAUUUUUGACAAUGUUUGGAAAUGGAACAUUUUUAUCAGUCAGGGAUGACAGAGAUGUAAAAGUGAGUGUGUGGCAGCGCGGCGUGUCGGACUCGGUUCCUGCAGGAGCCUCAGUGACUCUGCAGUGCUCGGUUCUCUCUGAGAGCAGAGCAGCAGAACUCCAAGUGCUCUGGUUCAGAGCUGCUCCACCACAAUCCCAUCCUCAAAUCAUUUACACUCAUCACAACAGCAGCCGUCAGUGUGAGAGCGACUCUUCUACACACACCUGUGUGUACAACUUCUCCAAGAACAUCCUCAGCCUCAAUGAUACUGGAACUUAUUACUGUGCUGUGCUCCUGGGUGGGAAGAUCAUCUUAGGGAACGGGACACGAAUACAGAUGGAGAGAUCUCUGGGUCCUGUAAUGAUCUACAUCUCCAUGGCUUUGGGACUGUGUUUGGUUGUGAUCUUCACUUUAAUCUUUGCUCUAACUUAUGAAGGGACAAACGGUGAUAAUUACAGCGUGAGACUCAAACAAGGUUCUGUGACCGAAAAGACCCUCGACAAGGACUGUGACACUGUGGAGCUGAAUUACGCUGCCUUACAUUUUAAAGAGCGGAGAGACAAAAGAGGAAGAGUCAAGAAACAACAAGCUAAUACAGAUAUUAUCUAUUCUGAUGUCCGACAUCUUUCUGUAACUUAGAGUUUAGUUAUCAAAAUCCAUAGAAUGUAAGGGAUGACGUGACAUAAGUGUACUUUUACCACAAACGUGGUUAUUUUUCUAUAACAUCUGAUGAUAAAGUAUUUAAUGGCUUGUAUAAUACAGCAAUUUGCAAAUGUUUAAAGUUUUUGCUGUUGUAGCUUGGCAUCCUUUCCUACUUUAACUAUUAAAAGUCAAGAUACUCACGAGAA